AUGCUGAAAUCUUGGUUGCUCAACAGCGUUACUAAGAAGAUUUACACUAGUAUCUUGUACUUCUCUGUGGCUGCUGAUAUGUGGAAAGACCUUCACACUCACUUUCACAAGUCCAACCUUCCUAGAUUGUACAAGCUUCAUCAUCAACUCCUCUCUUUGCGUCAAGGCACUAUGGACUUAUCCUCUUAUCAUACUCAGACGCAAACAUAUUGGGAAGAAUUUUCCAGUAUUCAAGCUCCUGCGACUACAGUUGAAGAGUUAUUGGCUCAAAGGGAAACAAAUCGAGUUAUUGACUUCCUUAUGGGGCUUAAUGAAAGCUAUGAUCAUGUUAGAAGUCAGAUUCCCAUGAAGAAAACCUUGCUAUCUCUCUCUGAAGUCUACAACAUACUGGACAAUGAAGAUUCUCAACGAUCUGCUCCCAUUCCUCCUUCGAGUGGUGUUGAAUUGUCAGCAUUUCAAGUCUCAGGCAAUCAAGGAAACUCUCAAUAUCAGAAAGGUAGACCCGUUUGUACCCAUUGUGGCGCAUUUGGGCACGUUGUGGAUCGUUGCUAUAAGAAACACGGCUUUCCUCCUGGUUUUAAACCAAAGUCCAAGUUUCAGAAGCCACUCAACGGUCAGCAGAAUGCAUCUGCGAACAUGGUUGCUAUUCCUGAUAACUCUGAGAUGAUUUCUCAGCCUCAGCAGUCUGCAGCUCCUGAUGAAUGCUACUUCUCCUGUUGCUCUCACUCCUGA